UACAGGUACUUCACGCGGGGCUACUCCCGAUGACUUUGCAACAAGUAUUCGUGAGUUGUCUCCCUUGAACGUCGCCUAUGAAAAGACCCGGAAAAGAUAUUUGUUUAUGUUACUGCGCUUCAGCCAGUACUUUAUUUGCAAGAGAUUUUCCUGAUAUUUCUGUGCCUACUUGUCAUGGCAACUGGAGGCUUGCAAGAUGUACCAAUGGUGAUAACAGUCUCUGAUGCCAAUAAUCAGUUUGGUUUUGAGCUUUUUCGUAAAUGUGGAGCAGACAGAAAAGAUGACAAUCUCUUUCUGGCACCAUUUAGUAUCAGCACAGCACUGGCAAUGACACAGCUAGGUGCAGGUGGGGCCACUGCUGCAGAGAUUGCAAAGGCCUUAAAAUGGCCUUCACAAGAGAGGCCGCUGAAGGGUUUUGGCAGCUAUUUGUCUCUUAUGUCAUCAGCUGCUGUGGCACAUAAGGGAAAUAGCUAUAUAUUAUUAGGGGCACAACGUAUUUUUGUCAGACAGUCUCUGACACUGAAGCAGAAGUUUAAUUCAGAUGCCCAGCAGUACUUUGGCGCAGAUGCCAAGACAGCAGACUUCCAAUCAAAUGCUGAGAAAGAACGUGAGAGCAUCAACACAUGGGUAUCAGAGAAGACCCAGGGCAAAAUCAAGGAUUUACUGCCUGCUGGCUCACUCGACUCACUCACAGCCAUGGUGCUAGUUCAGGCCACGUACUUCAAAGGAUUCUGGCUGCAUCAGUUUUACCCUAGGAGGACAGUGAAAAGUUACUUCAGAGGAACUAAAGGUAAAGUGGAAGUGGACAUGAUGAGUCAAAAAGCAAAAUUUCCUUAUGCUCGAUGUGAAGAGCUGUCAUGCUCUGCUAUUGAACUACCUUAUGACAGAGGAGAUGGGUCUGAUCUCUAUGACCUCAGCAUGCUCAUUCUGUUGCCUGAUGAGGAUGAUGGCUUGGCAGCUCUGGAGGCAAGCUUGACAGCAAGUGAUCUUGCUAAGCUAAGGAGCUCAAUGACAACAAGAGGCAAAGUAAACUUGCAGUUACCACGCUUUUCCAUGGAAAGCAGUUUGGAAUUGAAGGAGGUGUUGAUCAGUCUGGGUAUGGUGAAUGCAUUUUCUGAGAACAAUGCUGACUUCACAGGCUUGGUGGAGCAGCUAAGUGAAGACCUGUACCUUUCAGAAGUCUAUCAUAAGCCAGUACUUUAUUUGCAAGAGAUUCUCCUCAUAUUUCUGUGCCUACUUGUCAUGGCAACUGGAGGCUUAAAAGAUGCACCAGAGGUGAUAGCAGUCUCUGAUGCUAAUACACAGUUUGGUUUGGAGCUUUUUCGUAAAUGUGGAGCAGACAGAAAAGAUGAAAAUCUCUUUCUGGCACCAUUUAGUAUCAGCACAGCACUGGCAAUGACACAGCUGGGUGCAGGUGGGGCCACUGCUACAGAGAUGGCAAAGGCCUUAAAAUGGCCUUCACAAGAGAGGCCGCUGAAGGGUUUUGGCAGCUGUUUGUCUCUUAUGUCAUCAGCUGCUGAGGUGCCUAAGGGAAAUAGCUAUAUAUUAUCUGGAGCACAACGUAUUUUUGUCAGACAGUCUCUGACACUGAAACAGCAGUUUAAUUCAGAUGCCCAGCAGUACUUUGGUGCAGAUGCCAAGAUAGCAGACUUCCAAUCAAAUGCUGAGACAGAACGUAAGAACAUCAACACAUGGGUAUCAGAAAAGACCCAGGGCAAAAUCAAGGAUUUGCUGCCUGCUGGCUCACUCAACGCACUCACAGCCAUGGUGCUCGUUCAGGCCACGUACUUCAAAGGAUUCUGGCUGCAUCAGUUUGACCCUAAGAAGACAACGAAAAGUUACUUCAAAGGCACUAAAGGUAAAGUGGAAGUGGACAUGAUGAGUCAACAAGCCAAAUUUCCUUAUGCUCGAUUUGAACAGCUGUCAUGUUCUGCUGUUGAACUACCAUAUACCAGAGGAGAUGGGUCUGAUCGCUAUGACCUCAGCAUGCUCAUUCUGUUGCCUGAUGAGGAUGAUGGCUUGGCAGCUCUGGAGGCAAGCUUGACAGCAAGUGAUCUGGCUGAGCUAAGGAGCUCAAUGACAACAAGAGGCAAAGUAAACUUGCAGUUGCCACGCUUUUCCAUGGAAAGCAGUUUGAAAUUGAAGGAGGUGUUGAUCAGUCUGGGUAUGGUGAAUGCAUUUUCUGAGAACAAUGCUGACUUCACAGGCUUGGUGGAGCAGCUAAGUGAAGACCUGUACCUUUCACAAGUCUAUCAUAAGGCUUUUGUGGAAGUAAAUGAAGAAGGAUCAGAAGCCGCUGCAGCAACAGGAGCUGUUGUAAUGCUGCGCAGCAUGCCUAUGAUUAUUCCUUUUGUGGUUGAUCAUCCAUUUCUCUUCUUUAUCAUCGACCGAAGAGCUGACAUUGUUCUGUUCAUGGGCCGCCUAGUUAAUCCUGCUCAUUCUAAAAGGGCUGGGAAUCAGGAACUGUGAAUGUGUGACUAAAAACAUUCAUUUUCAUGCUUAAACAGAAAAAUUAUCACAUCUUUAUUCAAUUCUUAUCAUUGUGAAAGAUAACUCCAUGUUGUUAAUGUGAUUUUUAUUUCUUAUGUUUGUUUUCCAGUGGAGUGUGAUUAUACUGCAUUAUACUGCAAUCCUUUGUAUAUGUAUCGCGAUGGUCCAAGCUGAUAAGAUGGGUCUUGCAUAAUUUAUAUCUUUACUUACAGACAUGACCAGUCUUUAAGUGACUUAAAGGGUCAACAUGAAUUCCAUACUUCUACCUGCAAUCGAGAGCUUGGCAAAGGGGUUUUUUUGGUUACCACGCUCUCAUACAACUUUCAAAACUGUGAGGGCAUUCUGAGGAGCUGACAAAAAGCUGACAGUAUCAAAAAGCUGAAAGUAUUUUUGGAACAAUCAAACACAGAUCUUCAGGCUCAAAGAAGCAAAUAGGAGUUAGAAACUCAGAAACAUUUUUUAUAUUUAUAUGCAGGAAUACCAGUUCAUAAUGACAUGACUAUCACCUUUUGUCCCUUAUGACAUUGUGUCUUGUCAUACCCAUGCUUCUCUGCUCAGUCAUGCUUGCAUCACGACGCCUGUCCUUUCACUCAACACCAAACUAAACAAAUUUGCCACCACAGGCCCUGUGUAUUUUAAUCCAACAAAAGUACUCCUCUUUUCUUUCUCACACUCCCUCAUAUACUCACACCCAUAGCGAGUUUCCUGAUUACAAAUACAAGGGACGGAGGCUUCUGCUUUUACUACUCCGUUACCUUCUCUCUUCUCACAUCAGAGUACAACCAUCACCAUCUAGUCUGAGUUCUGACAGGUAGCACAUUAACAGAAUACAAUAUCGUUUGUAUCUUGCAGUUCUUUAGGUGAUUAAGGUGAGGAACUGGUAGGACUGACUGCCUCAAGGUUUAAUAUGCCACCCUACCCCAUUGCCUUGCUGGGGAGUGUUCAGGCUUUCACUAAAAUGUCGAUUCUCGCAGCUCUGCCGAACAAGCUAUGGUGACAGGUAGUCGCUGUCACCUUGACAUCCUUGGAAAACAUAUUCCAAAGGAGAGGAACAUUGGUCAUCGAUUUUUACUUUCAUCACAGCUAGGAAGGAACACCUAAGCAUUACACUUGCAGAUGUUGAGUUUCAGGUCUGUAUAAUAUAAAAUUUCCAGGCCCAAGGUAGACGGGCCUUGGGUGGGAAGCAUAGUCAGCGGCAUUAUAUUGUCGCUGGACACUCUUGGAGUUGGAAGCCGCUGGACACCGAGGACUUAUCCCCCAUGAAGGUGUAGAUUGAUGAAGGACCUUCGUGCAUUGACAUUUAUGUGUCACAAGAGAUUGCAUUAUUAAUGACAGUGAAUUGACAGUGAAGAGGUAGGUAUGAGAGGCGAUAUUGGUUUGGUUGGUUUAUUUAGUAGAUAGUGUAUAUCUGGGGCCACUCUGUGAACCGAGAUCAAGGAUGGGGGCCCGCCCCUGGCGCUGCAGCAUCUAAGUGAGAGGUCAAAGGUGCUUUAUUUCAUAGUUACUUAACAACACAGUGAAACUUUCUCUUCCAGUUUCUCCAUCACCAAACAAACAACUACAUCGGGAGGAUGAUGAAAAAGACGAGGUUACCAUGAGAAAGAUCAUUCAGUUUAGAGACAGUGUCCGUGCGGUGCGGUGGGUCUGUGCAGUGCAGUGGGUGGAUGGGCGAGUAGGAUAUAGGAUACAUAGGGAGGAAAGUGCCUACGGGAAGUGGGGGUUGGUAGUUUGACUCCGACAACCGUAACCAAAGAAGGUGCCCUCUAAAGCCACCUCGGAAUUGUUCUUAUCAUGCGCUAUUUGUAUUGAAGGAAGCUGUCACAUAUGCUGUUGUAUAUAUUUUUGUGGUGGCUGCCUCAAUAGUUUUUCGAAUCAUUACAUGGUUAUAUUUCAAUGUCUUUUUUUAAGGAGCUUCGUGUAAAGUAUAUUUGUUUCACGAUGAAGAAGGGAGGAUGAAAGUUUAUAGAUGUGUUAUGACACAAAUGUUAACUUAGUUUGUCUAGGUUUUAUUAAACUGCUCCAUUUCUUGACACCCACAAUCCAGGCACAGGCAGAUUAUGUUGGCCCUGUUUUGGUUUAGAGGCCAGUGACUGUGAUGGCAGCAACUUCCACCCAUGGAACGGAAUGCAUUGUUGCUGCCCACCUGACAAGAGGGGAAGUGUGUGUGUGUGUGGGAGGAAUGAUAGUUCAAUCUGGAAGACUCGACAGGGUGGGAUUUCAUGGGAACUAAACUGUCGGGGUUGGGAGGUAAAGACCGACAGCUUUAUGAGCUGUUUAGACGAGCCAGCAGUCAAGUUGCCGAAUGUUUGACACACGCUUAAUUUUCCUCUUCCUUUUUCUCGAGUCCUUGGAGCAAAGAAAGUUUUGACGGUUUGACCUUAGAGUUUAACAUCUUUUCACACCACACUCUCCUACCUGUCGCACACUGUAUUCUAUACUUGGAAAGCCGAGAUAUGCUGCAUUUUGUUUGUUUUGUAAGUACAGUAUUUUUUAAAUUUAUGUUUCUAUAAUGACCUUUGUAUUGGCAAAUAGCAUUUGACAAAGCAGGAACAUCAGUAUCGAUGAGAGUGACUAGGAACCUUCUCAAAUUGACUCACAAUGAAGUUUAAUUGUGAGAAAAGCUCAUAAAUAUAGCAUUACAGUCAGCAGGUAAAAUGACCAUAUUGCCUUUAUUAUAUUACAAUUCAGACCAAAAUUAUACAUAUAUAUUUUUAUCAUUGUCACAAAACCCUCUCCUUUUGAUCUACUUAAAUAUUAAAAGUUUAUAUCAGUUACUGCUGGUUAAUGUCUUUACAACAUUUGUUUUAUCUUCUAAAACUGAGCAAGUAUUUUAAUGGAUAGUGACUGAUGGGAGUCUUGGCAAGAACAAUCCAUUUCGACUGAAUUGUCUACUUUUUGUGAGUGGUAAAGCCUGCAAAGCACCACUGCUGUAAUUUUAAGGCAAUUGAUGCACCAGGUGUUGUAUGGGCAUAUAUUACUCAAGCAGACAGUGUUGUGUUUGUGUAAUGCUCGACACUGUUUCUUGUACACAGCUAAUAGCCACCUUUAAUACCUGCAUUAAGGUGUUACUUUGUACUCUACACAGCAAAUAUUAACACACCUGCAAUAGGCUAUUGUAUACACAACUCAUAUAUACCUUUAUUACACAUGCAAUAGACUAUUACAUAGUAUUGUGUGCACAGCUAAUAGAGACCUUUAUCACACCUGCAAUAGACUGUUGCAUUGUAAAGUUGUUGGAAAUGAACAUUAUAUUGUCUUUAGGCUCUAGUCAUUUUUCUAAUCUGCUUUGACAUCACUGCUGACCUAACAUUUCUGACUCUGGGGAUUUUUUGCUAUGAAUCAGGGUGCUACAAGUUUGAUCCUUUAAUGUGGUUUUUCCUUAUUUACUCACGUGUAAACAAUUUUAUGGUCAAGUAGUGAUGUAAAUCCUUGUGCACUUGUCCUAAUGUUUGCAAUCUUAAUUACGUUACUGAAUAAAAUGUAGAUAUUGACAAUCAAA